AUGUAUGUUCGUUUACCGUUUGACGAGCUUAAAGUGGACGAGUCCAAAAAGACCAGAGUAGCCUACUUCUACGACAGAGACGUAGGGAACUACUUCUAUGGAACUGGCCAUUGUAUGAAGCCCCACAGAAUACGUAUGACCCAUUCGUUGAUCAUGAACUACGAGUUGUACAAGAAGAUGGAAAUCUACAGAGCAAGACCGGCAACCAAUACCGAGUUGACGCAGUUCCACACAGAUGAAUACAUAGACUUCAUAGACAGGGUAACACCUGACAACUUGCACAUGUUUGAAAGAGAACAGAUUAUCUUCAAUGUUGGUGAUGACUGUCCUGUUUUCGAUGGUUUGGGAGAGUUCUGUAAGAUCUCGUGCGGUGGAUCGAUGGAAGGAGCUGCUCGAAUAAAUAAUGGGUCAUGUGACGUAGCAAUUAACUACGCUGGAGGUUUGCACCAUGCCAAAAAGUCUGAAGCUUCGGGUUUUUGCUAUUUGAACGACAUUGUUUUGGGCAUAAUCGAGUUGUUACGUGUUCACCCAAGAGUGCUCUACAUCGACACUGAUGUUCAUCACGGUGACGGAGUUGAAGAGGCUUUCUACACAAAUGACCGAGUCAUGACUUGUUCGUUUCAUAAGUUUGGGGAAUUUUUUCCUGGAACAGGUAACUUAAACGAUGUUGGUAUUGGAAAGGGUAAGUAUCACGCUGUGAAUAUUCCUCUAAGAGACGGGAUCGACGAUGCCUCAUACAAAUCCAUUUUCGAACCUAUAAUCAGUAAAAUCAUCGAAUGGUACCAGCCUUCAGCUAUUGUGUUACAAUGUGGGGGAGACUCCUUGUCAGGAGACCGUUUGGGUCCAUUCAACUUAUCUAUGAGAGGCCAUGCCAAUUGUGUAAGCUAUGUGAAGUCAUUUGGUAUACCCAUGAUGGUUGUUGGUGGGGGAGGGUACACUAUACGAAAUGUCGCACGAACCUGGGCAUUUGAGACAGGAAUCUGUAACGACGUUAUCCUCGACAAGGAAUUGCCUUACAAUGGCUACUACGAGUACUAUGCUCCGUUGUACGAGUUGGACGUGCGAUCGUCGAACAUGACAAACGCCAACUCGCCCGAGUACUUGGACCGGAUUUUGAUGAAUGUGAUAUCCAACCUCGACCACACCAAACAUGCUCCUUCGGUCCAGAUGAACGAAGUUCCACGUGACUUGGAGGACUUCGGUGAUAUCGAAGAAGAUGAGAUGGAUGCCAUGGAUACGAAGGGUGGCUCGCUCUAUUCGCGAGAUAAGCUAGUUCAGCCAGGCAACGAGUUCUACGACGAAGACGAUAAGAACCGCAAUGAACGCAACAUAGACAUAGACGUCGAUGUGAGAGUCAAUGGUAAUGGCACUAGUAGCAACGGCACUGGCAACGGAGUGCACAAGAAUGUGUUGACCGACGCCGAGCUAAACGAAAUUGACCAUCUCAACCAAGAGGUCGCUGCGUAG